CUUUCACGUCUAACCCGACUGACUGCACUUGUACGCCACUAGCAAUCAACUCAACAUCGCCCGCUCUUUGUCUUGCUAUUGCCGACUCGCACCCUUUCGACUCUAUUUCCUCCAUCGCCCGGCAAAGAUCUCCAGUUCUGCUGCACAUAUGUGCGUCUUGUCCCUUCCACGCGCCUUUCCAGCCUUUGGCAUGAAAGCUGCUGCGCAGGAUUUUUGGACAUAGACGCCAUCUACAUGGUGUCACCUCUGCGAGUAUCCACUCUUUGUUGUCUUGUGACAGGAUACCACCGAGACUUGUACCAUGGCUUCAUAUCCGCAUUCUCAUGGCCCUGUGCGCAACGGAGAUUCGAAUAACACGCCCGGCAGAGAAGCUCCCUCUUAUAAUGCUGCUGCUCUCCUCAACCCGCGUGCCUUUAACGGCUUAAACGGCGUAGUCACUCCCAAUAAUGGCAUACAAACUCCUUUCUUCAACGCCUCCGGCACCUCGACUCCGGUUGAGUAUAGCUUCGACAGUCCCAGCAGCAAGUUUUCAGAUCUGCCGAUGCACCACGCCCCAAACCCGUUGACCCCGCCAAACGGAUUCGGCAGCAUGAUUGAGCGCAUGAAUAAUGUAGAGCACCGUACGUUUGCGGCUCCUCAGAAUAAGCGCCGCAGGUUAGAAGUUGGCGACGGGCCUGAUAUGAAGCCCAGCUUCGGAGCUGGUGGAAGUGGUAUCAUUAGCCGACAUAUUAUGGAAAAGAGAGCGGAACCCAAACAUUCUGCGAGCACCCCAAUCGAAACGGUAGACCUGACUAGCGGAAACGAGGAUGGCGACAUUGUCGAGAUACAAUCGCCGACAGAGGAGGAAGUUUGCUACGGCAUGGUCCAAGACGCCAGACUAAAUUGCCAUACUGUACCUGCCCCGAAGCCCGGUGCAAUUACCAUGAUGGGGGCAACCCACUGGCCCCUGGUCAAAAUCAUACUAAAGAGAAGACACGGAGAUGAAACUCAGAUGAUAUAUGCCUACGACUACACAAAGACGAUCGUUGGUUUGGUAGAUCCAAAUACCUCUGCAGGUCUGGCUCCAUUACUCGAUACGCCACGCUUGCAGAUCAGAACCAAAUGUGGGAUUAACUCUAGACGUAAAGAAGCUGGAGAAGAAGUCGGUAUGGCAACUUCGAAGAGCUAUAGCUUGAACAUGGUGCUUUACGGACCGCGCAAGGCUGCUUCGACCGUCGGCAAAUAUUUAUCACAGAAAGGUGUCUGGCUCAGGAAGCCAUUCGUGUAUGACAAUGGCAUUCGGUAUGAGAACCCUCAGGAGAUUGAAGGACCUAGGCCUCCCCCACCCCCGGCUCUGAGGCAGCAACCUGCCUACCCACCGCCUCCACAGAUGGUUCGGAGUGUUGAAGAGAUCCGCUCCGAGGUUAUGGGUGUUUUCGAUUCACUCACUAAAAGUGAAGACCUCCCAUUGAUGGAGCCACAUCCUAGAGUACAAACAGAAUUACUUCGACAUCAGAAACAAGGGCUUUAUUUCAUGACCUUAAAAGAACAGCCGCGUCAGUUUGCACCUAACGGGAAGACACCUGAUUCAUUUUGGCAACUACAACAGGGCCAACAUGGACAGAGGAUAUAUCGCAAUGUCAUUACCGGCCAAACACAUGAUAAGAUGCCAUCUGAGACCUUUGGCGGCAUUCUGGCUGACAUGAUGGGGCUGGGCAAGACACUCAGCAUUUUAUCACUUGUUGCUACUACGCUCGAUGAUGCUCAUGAUUGGUCGAGGAAAGAACCUAUUCAACCGCAAGCCCCGCCGCCUAAAAAGAAGGGAGAGUCAUCGCGACCGUUUCAUGUGCCAGCUCCACCUCCUCUUCAGCUAACACCUCUCAAGCAGAACGGAAAAGCCACACUUCUAGUCUGUCCCCUGAGCACGAUAAACAAUUGGGAAGAGCAGAUCAAAUUCCACAUAAAACCGGGCGAAUUGAAAUAUUAUGUUUACCAUGGCUCCAAUCGCAUCAAAGACGCAAGCCUGCUCGCUGAUUAUGACAUGGUGUUGACCACAUACGGAUCUGUGGCUAGCGAAGUGACCGCCCGUACUAAGGGGAAGCCUGGACCCUGGCCGCUCGAGGAAAUUGGAUGGUUUCGUAUCGUGCUCGACGAAGCCCAUAUGAUUCGGGAGCAAGCAACUCUGCAAUUCAAAGCUAUUUGUCGAUUACAGGCCAGUCGAAGAUGGGCUGUUACGGGUACACCGGUUCAAAACAAACUGGAUGAUCUUGCCGCUCUUUUAGCUUUCUUGCGACUAAAGCCGUUUGACGAGAAGGGCAAAUUCACUCAAUAUAUUACGGCUCCAUUCAAGUUAUGUGACCCCGAAAUCGUGCCUAAACUUCGAGUUCUCGUCGACAGCGUCACGCUAAGGCGCCUUAAAGACAAAAUAGAUCUACCCGAAAGGACCGACCAUCUCGUAAGACUUGAUUUCUCUCCGAACGAGCGCAAACUUUAUCAGCUAUUCGAGCAGAAUGCUCAAGAUAAGGUGCAAGUUUUGGCUGCGGGCAGAGAGAAAAUGGUUGGAGGGAAAGUGUAUAUCCAUAUUUUGCAGUCUAUUUUGAGACUUCGGUUGAUUUGUGCUCACGGAAGAGACCUUUUGAAUGAUUCAGAUCUUGAAAUCGUACAGGGCAUGACAGCCGACUCGGCCAUCGACAUCGACAGUGACGACGAAGACACCAAGCCUGUGAUAGCCGAAUCUAGAUGCUACGAGGCGUUUGCUCUCAUGGAAGAAACGAAUAAUGAUCUUUGCAUCUCAUGCAAGCGAAGAAUUGGCUCCAAUGAUGCGGUUGAUAUUGCAUCGGAGAAGGAAGAGGAAGAUAUCAUUGGUCAUAUGACCGCCUGUUUUCACCUCCUCUGUCCUAAUUGCGUUAAAGCUUGGAGACGAGAAAUCGACGGCAAGGACUCAGGGAACUGUUUGUUCUGUUCUUCAUACAUUCGUUAUCAAUGUAACGAAAUCCGCAAGAGCAAACUUCAGAUUGAGCACGAAGGUCAUCAUCCCACCAAAAGAGAGAUUAAGGAUCGCUCAAAAGAGGGAUAUACUGGGUAUUCUGGACCACACACCAAGACAGCUGCCUUAGUCCAAGACUUGCUUGAAUCGGAGGCCCAGAGCAAAGCCAAACCUGACGAACGUCCUUUCAAAUCAGUCGUGUUCUCGGCUUGGACAUCUCACCUAGAUCUUAUUGAGAUCGCACUUGAAAAAGUAGGAAUUCGUUACACUCGUCUAGACGGCAAGAUGAGCCGCCCAGCCCGAAGCGCUGCUAUGACUGCCUUCCGAGAAGAUGAUUCUGUUCACGUUAUACUCGUGUCUAUUUCUGCUGGUGGUCUUGGCCUUAAUCUUGUGACUGGGAAUACUGUCUAUAUGAUGGAACCUCAGUACAAUCCUGCCGCAGAAGCUCAAGCUAUUGACCGCGUGCACCGUCUCGGUCAGAAACGACCUGUCCGCACUGUUCGGUAUAUCAUGCGAAAUAGUAUUGAGGAAAAGAUGCUUGCUCUUCAAGAGAAGAAGAUGAAGCUGGCGAGUCUAAGUAUGGACAGGAACCGCGUCAUGGAUAAAGCCGAAGCCGCAAAACAAAAGCUCAUGGAUUUGCGCGAUCUAUUCAAAUAAGUCGCCUCCAGUCGCUUUCCAUCGAUCGCCACCAAAUUUUUCAUUGUCUCCCCGCCUCAUGCGGUAUUGCGUGGUUUGAUUUUCCCAAGAGGUGCAUUGCGUUGGUGUUCUUAUGGUAUAACGCGGAAUGAUGGGGUUUAUUUAUUUUAUUUUCCCUAAGGCGUCUAGUGUGCUGCAGCCCGGUCUCAUGAGUUUUUACAUGACUAACGACGUAGAAAUAUUUCCCAAUGGUCUAGAGACAAGGCAGACCAAAGGUGGUGGGCAGCUC